AGGUCUUUUAUAAAAGGUGGUUACCAUGGAGAAAUCAGCAGAUAUCAGCAUUCAAGGAAUGCACUGCAAUUCCUGUGUUGUUAAUAUUGAAGGUUAUAUUUCUAAAGUGAAAGGAAUCAAACAUAUCACACAGAGUGUGUUUUGAGGAAGAUUUGGUUGUUAUUUCUUGCAAGUCGAGUACCAGGUGUCACUAGCUGAAGAGAAAGCAGUUAUUCGUUACAGUCCCACUGAAGUAUCCCCACUUGAUGUUGUUGAAGAGAUUUGUCAACUUGGCUUCAUGGCACGAGUUAAACAAGUAAACCCUGCUAUAGCAUUGGAAACAAAAGAUUCUGAACAAACUUUAGAUUUUCUCUUUCAAAAACCAUUGACUGUAUCAGAAAAGCAGAAUGCUGAAAGCAAACUGCUUAGUAUUUAUGGAGUGAACUCUGUUGAAUUUUCAAAAGACAAAGACUUAACUGUAUAUUGUCAAAAUUCAAAAAUUAGUGGACUUCAAAUUUCAGAAGCUUUAGAAGCUAUUGGGAUUGAGGUUAACAUGAAAAAAAUGAAUCAAACACAGAGCUUUCUAUCUGAAACUAUCAUUCAAAUUGAUGGCAUGACUUGCCAGUCAUGCGUUCGCACAAUUGAAUCUGAACUCUCUAAAUUUCCAGGUGUAGAUUUUAUUUCAGUAUCUUUGGAAGAAAAACGUGCUAUUAUUCGAUAUGACCAGCAGGUUACUAAUCCACAGGCCCUUCGCAACAAAAUUGAUGACAUGGGCUUUGAAGCAGCUUUAACUGAAAGUGAUUCUUCUGAUGUAGAUUUUGAUGAAAUUGCCAAGCGCAAUGUCCCAGCAGAAAAUCUGUGUAUUAUCAAUAUUAAAGGAAUGUCUUGUAAUUCCUGUGUUACAAUCAUCGAAAACACAAUAUCGGAGAAAGCAGGCAUUAAUAAAAUAACUGUGUCACUAGAGAACAAUAAUGCUCUAGUGAAAUAUAAUCCUGAGAAGUUAAGUCCAGAAACAAUUGCUGAAGCUAUAAGUGAUAUGGGGUUUGAUGCUGAGGUCUCCAAGGGAGAUAAUCCAGCUGCCUUUAAUCUGAUUGCCACUGUUGUGAUAAAUAUUAAAGGAAUGACAUGCAAAUCAUGUCAGAGCACAAUCCAAAUGAAAAUCUCAGAACACUCUUCAGUGAAAAGCAUUGUUGUUUCACUGAAGGAUAACAAUGCUGUGAUUGAGUACUAUCCUGAUACAACAUCUCCUUCUGAACUCUGCAAUGCCAUUGAUGAUAUGGGUUUUGAAGCAAGUGUAGCAGAAGAGAAAAAUAGAAAUAGCAUGGUUAAAAGCCCUGAGACAAAUGUUGCUAUUGAUGUUGGCAGCUCAGUUGUUCAUUUCAGUAGCAACGAUGAUGCACUUGAAAAUAUAGAGUAUGAAAAAUGCUUCUUUGUUGUCACUGGAAUGACAUGUGCGUCUUGUGUUGCUCUCAUCGAAAACAACAUUUCCAAAGUUGAGGGUGUAAAAAACGUUCUUGUAGCAUUGAUGUCUCAAAAAGCUGAAGUGAAAUAUGAUCCAGCUUACAUUCUAUCAUCCCAAAUUGGAAAUAAGAUUAGUGCCCUAGGAUUUGGAGCUACCCUUCUUGAAUCAGAGUCUCUUGGUCAGUCUGCAGUGGAAAUAAUUAUUACAGGCAUGACCUGUUCUUCCUGUGUCCAUCUUAUAGAGUCAAGUCUUCUCAAGAAGAAAGGAAUAGUCUCAGCUAAUGUAGCCCUGGCUACCUCAAAAGGUGUAUUUGAGUUUAAUAACGAAACAACUGGUGCUAGAGAUAUUAUACAAGCCAUUGAGGAGCUUGGAUUCCAGGCCACAUUAGCAACUGAGAGUGACAACAAGGCUGCCCGGUAUGAUCAUCGCAUGGAAAUUAGAAGGUGGCGCUCUUCAUUUUUUUGGUCGUUAUUGUUUGGUCUUCCUGCCAUGGUCAUUAUGAUGUAUUUCAUGUUCAGCAUGCCUGCUCAUGAUAAUCUACCUCCAGCUGGAAAUGCCACAAACGUGACCACUGUAGCUCCUGGAACAUUCAAAACCCACCGCAAACAGCUGAUGGUUUGUAAUGGUCUUUCCCUAGAGAACUUAUUGCUUUUCAUAUUGGCUACAGCUGUACAGCUUUUGGGUGCCCGAUAUUUCUAUGUACAAGCUUAUCGUUCCCUGAAACACAAAUCUGCCAACAUGGAUGUACUUGUGUGUCUGGCAAUCAGCAUCUCUUAUAUGUAUUCCACUGUUGUUGUUAUUGUUGCUAUAGCUUUAAGAGAGCCUUCUAGUCCUGUGACGUUUUUUGAGACAACCCCAAUGUUAGUAUUAUUUAUUUCCCUUGGUCGAUGGCUGGAACAUAUUGCCAAGGGCAAGACAUCGGAGGCUAUUGCUAAACUCCUUUCCUUACAGGCCUCUGAAGCACUUUUAGUCUACAUGAAAGAUGGUAACAUUAUCAAAGAAGAGACAAUAAAUGUUGAUUUAGUGCAGAGAGGAGACAUAUUGAAGGUUCUUCCUGGAGAGAAAAUCCCUGUUGAUGCAAAAGUUAUAGAGGGUUUGUCCUCAUGUGAUGAAUCCCUAAUCACAGGAGAGUCUAUGCCUGUAUCCAAAAAACCUGGGGCGUCUUUAAUUGGUGGCUCCUUAAACCAACAUGGAAUGUUGCUGAUAGAAGCUACACAUGUCGGUACAGAUACCACACUGUCACAAAUUGUUAAACUUGUAGAGGAGGCUCAAGUUUCAAAAGCUCCAAUCCAACAGUUAGCAGAUAAGAUUGCUGGUUAUUUUGUUCCAAUGGUUGUGUGUGUCUCUUUGCUCACUCUUAUCAUUUGGAUUAUCAUUGGCUAUCAUGAUAUUAAGUUGAUUGACAAAAGUUUUAAGGAAGAUGGUCCUUUGACAAAACAUGAAUUGAUAUUCCAAUAUGCUUUCCAGUAUGCAAUUACUGUUUUGAGUAUUGCAUGCCCCUGUGCUCUGGGUUUGGCCACACCCACUGCUGUAAUGGUCGGUACAGGGGUUGGUGCCACUAAUGGCAUUCUCAUCAAAGGCGGUGAACCUCUGGAACUGACACAUAAGGUCAAGAACAUCGUGUUUGACAAAACUGGCACCAUCACUCAUGGAAUACCCCGUGUGGCAAGAAUCUGUACUUUUGUUGAGAGUCAUGUGUGUUCAUUUGUGAAGCUACUUGCUAUUGCAGGAACUGCAGAGACCAGCAGUGAACACCCAAUUGCUGCAGCGAUUGUGAAAUAUGCCAAACAGACUCUUAAAACAGAGAUACUUGGCCAAGUGACUGACUUCCUAGCUGUCCCAGGUUGUGGAUUACGUUGUAAAGUUUCCAGAGUUGAGUCAUUGUUGUCCAGCAUUGAUAUUGAAGGUGUUCACAACCGUAGAAAUAUGGCUGGUAGCCAAAGGGUUAAAAUUGAUAACAUUCUUGGUUUGGAAGACAGUCCAAUAAUUGAAAGUAUGGAAGCUGUUGGUGCUACAGCAUCUCAAACCUAUGAUGUAUUCAUUGGUAACCGUGAAUGGAUGCGACGCAAUGGACUAGAGAUCACUCAUAAAAUUAACAACAGUAUGGAAGAACACGAGGAACAAGGUCACACAGUGGUGCUUUGUGCUAUUGAUGAUGAGUUGAUGGCAAUGUUAGCUGUGGCUGAUACUGUUAAGAGUGAUGCUCAUUUAGCUGUCAGCACAUUGAAAGACAUGGGUCUUGAAGUGAUUCUUUUAACUGGAGAUAAUCAAAAAACUGCGAGAGCAAUUGCCAAACAGGUUGGCAUCACGACUGUAUUUGCUGAAGUCCUUCCGUCUCAUAAGGUGAAAAAAAUCAAACAACUUCAAAAGUCCAACAAAAAAGUUGCUAUGGUGGGUGAUGGUGUUAAUGAUUCACCAGCACUUGCUCAAGCAGAUGUUGGAAUUGCAAUUGGCACAGGAACAGAUGUUGCAGUUGAGGCUGCAGAUAUUGUUUUAAUUCAGAAUAGUCUUAUCGAUGUUGUUGCUGCCAUUAAGUUAUCAAAAAUGACUGUCAGACGAAUUAGGAUUAACUUUUUUGCUGCUUCAAUUUACAAUCUAUUGGGUAUUCCAAUUGCUGCUGGUGUCUUCAUGCCAGUUGGUCUGUCUCUCCGACCAUGGAUGGCUUCUGCUGCCAUGGCAUUAUCCUCUGUUACCGUUGUAUCUUUAUCUUUACUUCUCAAAUUAUUCCGGAAACCCACAAAGAAUGAACUCCUCACGCCAGAAUACUUUCGCAGACAUUGUGAAAGAGAAGUCGAAAAUAUCUCCGUCCACCGUGGUAUUGAUGAAUGUCCUCCAAGUCCGAAAGGCAGUCGACAGGGCAGUAUCUUAUCACGGCUGAGUGGCAAGUCAAAGAAGCCACCAACAGCUGAAUCUAACAACUUGCUUCAGAUGGACCCCACAGUUGAAAUUGAAGCUUAGUUCCAUCAUCAUCAUCAUCAUCUUCAUCAUCAUCAUUAUACACUUUUAUGUCUCCUUUUCCAUGCUAAAUGGGUUGGAUGGGUGUUCCCCACCACACUUUGUCAUCAUGUUAUGGUUCUUUGUCAUUUCCUAUGUGAGGUUCAGCCUCUUGACAUCAGCAUUCACCACUCCUUCCCCUAUUUUCCUCGGUCUUUUUUACCACAUGUUCCCUCUACAUGGAUUGCUUGGCAAUAGUUUACUCAGUUCUCCUUUUCCUCUGCCCAUUACACACCUCUACCAGUGCAGUCUUCUCUCUUGUACAUUACAUCUGAUUCUUCUUAUACCCAGUUUUUCCCUCAGUUCAUCUAUGCUGUUGUUUAUUGUUCAUGCACACUAACAUUACACAUCUACUGGAGCACACUUAUCUCAUCUUAUUUCUUUCUAUCCUCUGCAUUCAAGAACCAUGUUGUGCUGUUUCCUUUGCCAAUAUCAUCUUUAUUAACUUUAUCAUCAUCAUCAUCAAUAUCAGUAACACACUGUGUGUGUGUGUGUGUAUAUAUAUAUAUAUAUAUAUAUAUAUAUAUAUAUAUAAAUCAAUUUGUGUGUGAGCAGUGGAGUUAGCUCUGUUGGUAGAGAACUUGGUUAGUUUUUUUUUUUUUAUGGUAUUUAGUUUGGCAGUAAUACUUCACAUUUUCCGAAUUCAAAUCCUGUCUGGGUUAAUUUUCAUAUAUUUUUUGUUUCCUUUAGGCGCAGGAGUGGCUAUAUAGGCACAGGAGUGGC